AUGGGUCAAAACCAGUCUGGACUGGGCGGCCCCGGCCAGGACGGCAAGGACGAGAAGGACAAGAAGAAGGAGAAGCCCAAGUACGAACCUCCGCCCCGACCCACCACCCGCAUCGGUCGCAAGAAGAGAAAGGCCGCCGGUACCUCGGCUGCCGCCAAGCUGCCUGCCAUCUACCCGACCAGUCGAUGCAAGCUCCGUCUGCUGCGCAUGCAGCGCAUCCACGACCAUCUGCUCCUCGAGGAGGAAUACGUCGAGAACCAGGAGCGCCUGAGAAAGGCAAAGGCUGCCAAGGAUAACGCUGGUGCGGCGCCCGACCCUGAAGCUGGCGACCGUAAUGCCGACGAGCGUGGCCGAGUCGACGACAUGCGUGGCAGCCCCAUGGGAGUCGGCACGCUGGAGGAGAUGAUUGACGACGACCAUGCUAUCGUUUCCAGUACUACGGGCCCCGAAUACUACGUCAGCAUCAUGAGUUUCGUCGACAAGGACCUGCUGGAGCCGGGCGCAUCCGUGCUGCUGCACCAUAAGAGCGUCUCUAUUGUGGGCGUGCUUACGGACGACACGGAUCCCGCCGUCAACGUCAUGAAGCUGGACAAGGCGCCGACCGAGUCGUACGCUGAUAUUGGUGGUCUGGAGCAACAAAUCCAGGAAGUCCGGGAGUCUGUGGAGCUGCCCCUGCUGCACCCUGAGCUCUACGAGGAGAUGGGUAUCAAGCCACCCAAGGGUGUCAUUCUCUAUGGUGCUCCAGGUACCGGCAAAACGCUACUGGCUAAGGCCGUCGCCAAUCAGACUUCGGCUACCUUUUUGCGCAUCGUCGGAAGUGAGCUGAUUCAGAAGUAUCUGGGUGAUGGACCUCGCCUCGUUCGCCAGCUCUUCCAAGCUGCGGCCGAGAACGCCCCCUCGAUCGUUUUCAUCGACGAGAUCGACGCGAUCGGUACCAAGCGAUACGACUCUACAUCGGGUGGUGAGCGGGAAGUGCAGCGAACCAUGUUGGAACUGCUCAACCAGCUUGACGGAUUCGAUGACCGAGGCGAUGUCAAGGUGAUCAUGGCGACCAACAAGAUCGAGACGCUUGAUCCUGCUCUGAUCCGACCUGGGCGAAUCGACCGAAAGAUCCUGUUCGAGAACCCCGACCAGAACACCAAGCGCAAGAUCUUCAACCUACACACGAGCAAGAUGAGCCUCAACGAAGACGUCGAGCUCGACGAGUUCAUCAGCCAGAAGGACGACCUCUCGGGAGCGGACAUCAAGGCCAUCUGCUCGGAAGCGGGUCUGAUGGCGCUGCGUGAGCGUCGUAUGCGGGUGCAGAUGGCAGAUUUCCGGGCGGCCAGGGAGAGAGUUCUCCGCACGAAGCAGGAGGGCGAGCCAGAGGGUCUGUACUUGUAG